GUAAAUUUGUAAUUGUAACUAACCUAAAGAUUUCUAGAAAAAGCGAUAAACAAGCAGUUUUAUUGAAUUAUUUUGCUGUAUAUAUAGAGUAAAAUGGCUCAUACCAUUUUGCUGGUUCAGCCAGGGGCUAAUCCCGAGACCCGGACAUAUUCUGAUUACGAAUCAGUAAAUGAAUGUAUGGAAGGCGUUUGUAGAAUUUAUGAAGAACAUUUAAAACGCAGAAAUCCAAACACACCCACAAUAACUUACGAUAUAUCUCAGCUGUUCGAUUUUGUAGAUCAGUUGUCCGAUCUGAGCUGCCUCGUAUAUCAGAAGUCUACAAACACAUAUGCUCCUUACAAUAAAGAUUGGAUAAAGGAAAAGAUUUACAUUCUGUUACGACAAGCAGCUGGUCACACCGAUUACAAAUUUUGAUACAAAAAUAUGAACAUUUUUAACUGUAAGAAUUUGAGGUUAAUUUUUUUUAUGUAUUGACAAAACGAUUCUUGUUAUUUUAGAUUUUAUUCUUGUUUACAGCGAUACCAAGUUGUCGCGAUUACUUUAGUUAGUUAAUCUCAGUUUGAUAUUUUUUUUAAUGGACGAAUAAAUAAAUUUAUUAAGAA